UAUGAAACAACUAAAUUCAUGACCUAUUUUUUGGCUACAAGUUUCUUAAUCGAUAAGCUUACUGUGAAUCUGAACUUUUGUAUUCCGUAUCACAUGUCGUCAUUGUCGUUGCUUGUGUAGCUCAACGCUUUUUUAUGAGUCACUCACUACCUAAAAGUCACUAGACUGAACUUUUUAUAAAUACCACCAGCAGAACAAAAGGUUGAAAAUAAACUUCCCGGCAAGUUGGCGCUCAGAAUUUCAAGUUGCAAAUUUAAAACUGUUCGAGCCAUUUUCAACUCCUACAGUACAAUGUCUCAAGACCUUCCAAGGAUGAGCACACAAAUUUUAAGGGUAACGGAAAAGGAGUUAGGAAAAUUCAAAGAUGGCAACGGCCAGGAAAAACUAGGGUUAUGGGAAGUCUCCCAAGACGAAUCACCUAGUAUCAAAAUUCUUCGUGAAGCGGCACAUUAUCUGAAAACUAAGAAUACACCUGUGGCAUUUCCAACUGAGACUGUCUAUGGGCUUGGAGCAGAUGCGACAAGAAGUGCAGCAGUAAAGGGGAUCUAUACCGCAAAGAAGAGACCAUCAGAUAAUCCCCUUAUUAUACAUAUUUCGGAUCUGGAAAUGCUCCGAAGUAUUCUAGUCCCUGAGAACGCUUUAAACGGCACAACUGACACAAGUCAUGACCGAAUACCUGAGAUAUACAAGCCGCUUAUAGAAAGAUUCUGGCCGGGGCCUCUCACAAUACUGCUUCCCAACCCAGAUCCGUCUAGGCUAGCCCCUGAGGUUACGGCUGGACUGAAGACCUUUGGUGCUCGGAUGCCAAAUUCACCCCUUGCUCUCUCACUCAUCAGACUGGCGGGCACGCCUCUGGCAGCUCCGUCGGCAAAUGCUUCUACAAAGCCAUCACCCACUACCGCUGAACAUGUUUUAGAAGAUCUAAAUGGCCGCAUCGAGCUUAUACUCGACGGCGGUCCGUGUUUUGUUGGGGUUGAGAGUACUGUGGUAGACGGUCUAUGCGAUCCUCCCCUAAUAUUGAGACCAGGAGGAGUAAGCAUAGACGAAUUGCGGAGUUGUCCCGGUUGGGAAAAGGUUGAAAAGGGGUAUAAAGAUCAGAGCGAAAUGGGCAAGGUUGCACCGCGAGCACCGGGUAUGAAGUAUAAACAUUAUAGCCCAAAGGCAACGGUGAUUCUUUAUGAGGCAUCAUUCACGGCUGGUCGUGACGGUAUACAAGCUCAUGAAGUCGAAAACUUUCUCCAAGGCAGACUAUUCCAGCAAGCAACGAGCAGCGAAAGUGAGGGAUUCAAGGUCGGUAUCAUACGGACUCGACACUGGAAACCCGCAGCUGGAUUGCGCUGCGGUGACUUUGAAAGUGAGACGGUGAAGGCACAGAACGGACAAGAGAACCACGUGACGAUUGAGCUCGAUGUUCAAGAAGCAGAGCUCUAUGGCAACACAACUGAAACUCCGAUAGGGAGGCUUUUAGAUGUUAGCAUUGGAACGGACACCAGAAGCAUAGCGCAUGGACUCUUCUCGGCGUUACGAGAGUUGGAUAGACGGGGCGCGCAUCUCAUAUUUGUAGAGGGUACGGUAGACGAUGAAGACAUCGGCGCGGCGGUCAUGAAUAGGCUGCGCAAGGCAGCUUCUCAAAUUAGGUCGUAGACCAUUACCGGCGCUAUACACCGCUCAGCUUAAUGAUAUUCCAUCAAGAACAAAUAACGACUUUUUUUACCAACGCCGAGCCGGAGUCUACAUUGAAGGUCAUCUCGUAAGUUUCCACAAGUUGGGGAAACUAAAUCCCCUUACAAGCCUUGCCUCAACCAAUCUUCUCCAAGAUGAUACCAUCGUCUACGAUCUCGUCAAUCGCCAGCGAGACCAGGUCGUAGUUCUCGAUUAUCGUUCGCUUAUCAACCGAUUGCCUAUACUAAAUUAGCUGAAUGUAGAUGGAUGGAGCUCCAGCUUGUAAACAUACUUAAAUAGGAGGUGUAGCGAAUCUCUUAGGGCCAAGAUGACGUUGUAUAGGAGGACCUCGUUCUCAUCCACACCGCCUACGACAUACAUCAUUACGUCGGACUCCAUUUUAUAUAGGACGAUCCGGUUAUCAUAGAGGAUGAUAUCACCGGUCUGCUUUGC